AUGUCUCCAUCAAGAAUCAACGAGAGUUCCCUGGUUGUCACGCCGAUCAAACAUGCUGCUGACAAGAAGUGCACGAUUGGGGCUGUAAUUACUGGUCUCGAUCUAAAUGAUAUAUCAGAUGAAGACUUGGCCACUCUCAAAGAGGCCGUUCAUCAGUAUCAAUAUGUCACGAUCAAAGACCAACACAACUUGGAUCCAGUGAAGCACUGGGAGUUGGUCACGAGACUGGACCCUGAAGCACCACAAGUCCAUGGUCAUGGCACUGUUAAAGAGUUCCAGAAGGUUGGGGGUUUACUCUCUGUAAGUCGCACCCUUGUUACCGAGUCACCGCAUGCUUACAUUUUGCAGAAGAGGGCAGUCCAUGGUUUGCCCGCUGCUCCUAAUGUUCGCCUAAUUGGAAAGGGGUACCAAGGAGAAGAUCACUUCGGAAUCAAGGACUUCACAGCUGCCGGAGCAAGCAAUAGUUACCACAGAUACCCUCCUUCGGACGAGUCGUUUGCUGCAGGAAAUACACAGUUUCAGAGAUGGCAUAUUCAAGUCGAUGCACCACUCUACGACCGUGAGCCACCCCACUUCACUGCUCUCCGUGCUGUCAAGUGCCCUGUAGGACCGGAUAUCCAAGUGAACUGGGACGAUGGAAGCGGGCUCUCCAUGAAGUGCAAGCCUGGGCAAACGGCGUUUGUUAGCACCAUCCAGCUCUACGAACUCUUAAGUGAUGAGGAGAGAAUGCUUGCCGAAAACAGCUGGGUUGAGUACGCCCCGUUCCCAUAUAUGUGGAUUGAGAAUUGUAAAGGACGGCCGAAUGGGCUAGGUUUGGAGACGGAAGGCAAAGAACACAAAAUGGAAGAAAUGCCGGAGUGGGAACCGGAAAAGAUCAAGACGUAUCCCAUGGUUUGGAUGAGACCAAACGGGAAGAAGGCUCUCCAGAUACAUGGUAUUGCAGUCCGGAAGAUGUUCCUAAAAGCAACCCCAACGAGCGAGGUCCGAGUCGUUGAUGACGUGGUAAAGAUCAGAGAGCUCCUUCACAGCUGGCAGCAGAGGAUCAUUCGCCCUGAGUAUGUACUCAUGGGUCCCGUGAAGGAAGGUGAUGUCCAAAUGUGGGACAACUGGACCAUUAUGGCACCAGAAGCAUGCACCAAGCCAAUUUGGGUGCAUCUGAUUCCCCAGUGGGACCUGUUCCCAUACCAGUUUCCUGAUAGGGGAGGUGAAAUGUUAGACUCUAGCUAG